GGUCCACAAAACAGCCAGCAUGGCAAAGAGUUUGCGUUUCUGGCUGGGCUUAGCCGUGAUCUAUUCGAUCAUCUCUUUGUCCACGGCCAGAGAGCUGAGGAACAAGAGGGAUUUGGAGAUGUCAGCCAGUGGCCACCACGGCCACCACCACGAGGAAGGUGGUGGUCACGAGCAUCACGAGCAUCAUCACGGCGAGCACGGCGAGAAGGGUGAGAAAGGGUACAAACACGAUCACCAUCACGACAAAGGUGAUCACGGUCAUUACGGGAAGGAACACGACGAAGGUCACCACGAGGAACACGGCGGGCACAAGAAGGGUCAUCACGACGAGCACGAGGAGCACGGACACCAUCACGAACACGAAGAAGGGCACAAAGGGUCGAAGUACGGGCACAAAAAGGGGCACAAGAAGGGCGAGAAGACUCACGGUUACCAUCACAAGUCCCACAAGGACGAGUAUCACAAGGAGCACAAGUUUUACGACGAUUACCACAAGGGUGGCCAUCACGAGAAGCAUGGCCACCAUCACGGACACCACGAGAGUAAGGAAGGUCAUCACAAGAAGGGCGAUCACCAUCAUUCCGGGCAUCACGAGGACCAUCACGGGAAGAAGGGUCACUUCGACAAGGGACACCACGACGAGGAUCAUAAAGGGUUCCACGGGAAACACGGACACGACGAUCAUUAUUCGCAUCACGAGGAUUAUGGGAAGAAGGAGGAGCACCACGGGGGAAAGAAACACGGAUACUCGAGCGGAGACGGUGGUGGUGGAGGACAUCAUUGAAGGAAGCAGUAGACGCGAUGAAAUUUACUUACAUUUGUUGUCCCAUUUGUUUUUUUUUUUUUUUCUUUUUUCUAUCUACCCCGUCGUUGAUUAAUUUUAAACGCACGAAAUGUGAAAGUUGUCACGUUUUG